AAUGGCAGUUGUGUGAGGCCAAGCAGGUUUAAGAUGGCUGGAGAGGGAGGGGGAGGACCAUCCCUCCUACCUUCCCCCUCCUCCAAGGCGUGGUCAAACAGCGAGGGAAAGAAAGAAAGUAAAAGUAGCGACACAGGUGUCAGUGGCAGUGGAAGUGUCAAGCCGGUCUUGUGGUGUCUCCCACCCUCCACUAGAAGACCCCCCCGCCCGCCCUCCAUCGUGUGAGACGCCGGCAGGCAGCGACAACAUGGCCGACAUGACCUCCAAGGCGCUGGACGGGGGCUGGGGGUGGGCCAUCGUGGUGGCCUCCUUCCUGGCCCAGCUGCUGGCGUACGGCUCCCCGCAGUCGGUGGGCGUCCUGUACCCCGAGUGGCUGCACGCCUUCCAGGAGGGCAAGGGCAUGACGGCCUGGGUGGGCUCCCUGGUGGCAGGAGUGGGCCUCAUUGCCAGUCCCGUCUGCAGCGCCUGCGUGGACAACUUUGGCGCUCGCCCCGUCACCAUCUUCAGCGGCGUGAUGGUGGCGGGCGGCCUGAUGCUCAGCGCCUUCGCUCCCAGCGUCCACUUCCUCAUCUUCUCCUACGGGAUUGUCGUGGGUCUGGGUUGCGGUCUGGUCUACGCAGCCACGCUGACCAUCACCUGCCAGUAUUUUGACAAGCGCCGCGGCCUGGCUCUGGGCAUCGUCACCACAGGCACCAGCGUGGGCGCCUUCAUCUACGCCACCGCUCAGAACGAGCUGAUCGUGCUCUACGGCCUGGACGGCUGCCUUCUAAUCAUCGGAGCUUUGGCGCUAAACCUCAUGGCCUGCGCCGGCUUCAUGAGGCCCCUCGACAUGCCGGGCUACUACCUCAAGCAGAGGGCGGCUCUGGAGCGCAACACGGAGGAGCAGCUCUUCGAGAAGCCCCAGUUGGACGACCUGAAGAUCGCAAACGGGUCCACCACGUCCGCUCAGGAGAAGAGUCUGAUGGCGAAGGAGCUUCUCAUCACCAUCGACGGCAAAGACUCCGCCAUUCAGGUGGAGAAGAGAAGCGGCCUUCUGGCUCGGUUGGGCAUCAUGAAAGUGAUCAAGAAGAAAAAGCAGGCCUACUCCAGGUACAUGCACUCCAUGUAUGAGAUUCUGCAGAACCAAGCCAUGGUGGCCUUCUGCAUUGCGGUCUUCCUGUUCAGCCUGGGAGCGUUCCCUCCGGUGCUCUUCAUCGAGGACGUGGCUCAGAGCCAGGGACUGAUCGAAGAAGUCAGCGUCAUUCCUCUGGUGUCCAUUGGGGCCAUUGCAGGUUGCGUGGGCAAACUGGUGCUGGGUAUCAUGGUGGACAUCAGGUGGAUCAAUAGCAUCUACUUGUAUGCCUUCACCAUGUUUGCUGGUGGUGCCGUGCUGCUGCUCAUCCCCAUCACCAAGAGCUACAUUGGACUGCAGAUCCUCUGCGUCGUCCUGGGCUUCUUCUCAGGAAACUGGUCCAUCACCUCUUAUAUAACCACGAAGAUUGUUGGCUUGGACAGACUCACACAAGCCCACGGAAUCGUCAUGUUCUUUGGCGGCUUCGGGAUCAUGCUCGGACCUCCUGUUGUCGGGUGGUUAUUUGACUGGACCCAGUCUUACGACAUGGCGUUCUACUUCAGCGUUCAAAGUGACUUCCUUAGAACUUAUCCCAAUUUGCACUCCUUGACAGAAUUGGCUAACAACUGAGGUAGAACUGCCAAAGAACUAGGUCUAUCUGGUGGAAAGUUACCUAUCGACCUAACAUUUCAACCUGCUUCAAGCAAUGUGUACUGGAACUGAACUGAACCUUAGAAUUGACCCGGCUUCCAGCCACUAUGACAGAACGACCAUGACAGAAUGUGUUCUCUAGGCAAGUGACCACCGAAAAACUGGCAGGAUUCCAGAAGAAUUUGUUCUAUUUUUGUGGCAUGUGUCAGAACUAUCUAAGAACUGCAGCAGAAAUACAGACUAAGUGAGUUUUGCAGUGACAGAACCAAGAUCUUGACCUGCUUCAAUGAAAACGAUUCUCUAUGAACUGAACCCAUGUUUCUCAAAGUGACUUCCUUAGAACUUAUCCCAAUUUGCACUCAUUGACACAACUGGUCAACAACUGAGGUAGAACUGCCAAAGUUACCUAUCGACCUAAGAUUUCAACCUGCUUCAAGCAAUUGGAACUGAACUGAACCUUAGAAUUGAUCCCCCUUCAGACACUAUGACAGAACGACGAUGACAGAAUGGUUUCUCUGGGCAAGGGAGUACCGAAAAGCUGAGUCAGGACUCCUGAGGAACUCUUUUUUGGCAUGUGUGGCAUUGUACCUAAGAUCUUGUUUUGUGCAAAGUCAGUGAACUACCAAAGAACUACUUUGUGUUAAAUCACAGAUUUACCUUUGAAUGAUCCCACUUCACACACCAUGACUGAUUAAAAAAACAGGGUACUAACUACUGCCUAACCUUGUCUUUUCAACACUUCUUAGGGUGUUUAUUUGACUGGACCCAGUCUUAUGACAUGGCGUUCUACUUCAGCGUUCAAAGUGACUUCCUUAGAACUUAUCCCAAUUUGUACUCCUUGACAGAACUGGCUAACAACUGAGGUAGAACUGCCAAAGAACUAGGUCUAUCUGGUGGAAAGUGACCUAUCGACCUAAGAUUUCAACCUGCUUCAAGCAAUGUGUGCUGGAACUGAACUUAACCUUAGAAUUGAUCCGGCUUUCAGACACUAUGACAGAACGACCAUGACAGAAUGUGUUCUCUAGGCAAGUGACUACCGAAAAACUGUGGCAGGAUUCCAGAAGAAUUUGUUCUAUUUUUGUGGCAUGUGUCAGAACUAAGAACUGUAGCAGAAAUACAGACUAAGUGAGUUUUGCAGUGACAGAACCAAGAUCUUGACCUGCUUCAAUGAAAACGAUUCUCUAUGAACUGAACCCAUGUUUCUCAAAGUGACUUCCUUAGAACUUAUCCCAAUUUGCACUCAUUGACAGAACUGGCCAACAACUGAGGUAGAACUGCCAAAGUUACCUAUCGACCUAAGAUUUCAACCUGCUUCAAGCAAUUGGAACUGAACUGAACCUUAGAAUUGAUCCCCCUUCAGACACUAUGACAGAACGACGAUGACAGAAUGGUUUCUCUGGGCAAGGGACUACCGAAAAGCUGAGUCAGGACUCCUGAGGAACUCCUUUUUUUGGCAUGUGUGGCAUUGUACCUAAGAUCUUGUUUUGUGCAAAGUCAGUGAACUACCAAAGAACUACUUUGUGCUAAAUGACAGAUUUACCUUUGAAUGGAUCCCACUUCACACACCAUGACUGAACUAUUAAAAAAACAGGGUACUAACUACUGCCUAACCUUGUCUUUUCAACACUUCUUAGGGUGGUUAUUUGACUGGACCCAGUCUUAUGACAUGGCGUUCUACUUCAGCGUUCAAAGUGACUUCCUUAGAACUUAUCCCAAUUUGCACUCCUUGACAGAACUGGCUAACAACUGAGGUAGAACUGCCAAAGAACUAGGUCUAUCCGGUGGAAAGUUACCUAUCGACCUAAGAUUUCAACCUGCUUCAAGCAAUGUGUACUGGAACUGAACUGAACCUUAGAAUAGAUCCGGCUUCCAGACACUAUGACAGAACGACCAUGACAGAAUGUGUUCUCUAGGCAAGUGACUACCGAAAAACUGUGGCAGGAUUCCAGAAGAAUUUGUUCUAUUUUUGUGGCAUGUGUCAGAACUAUCUAAGAACUGCAGCAGAAAUACAGACUAAGUGAGUUUUGCAGUGACAGAACCAAGAUCUUGACCUGCUUCAAUGAAAACGAUUCUCUGUGAUCUGAACCCAUGUUUCUCAAAGUGACUUCCUUAGAACUUAUCCCAAUUUGCACUCAUUGACAGAACUGGUCAACAACUGAGGUAGAACUGCCAAAGUUACCUAUCGACCUAAGAUUUCAACCCGCUUCAAGCAAUUGGAACUGAACUGAACCUUAGAAUUGAUCCCCCUUCAGACACUAUGACAGAACGACGAUGACAGAAUGGUUUCUCUGGGCAAGGGGACUACCAAAAAGCUGAGUCAGGACUCCUGAGGAACUCCUUUUUUUUGGCAUGUGUGGCAUUGUACCUAAGAUCUUGUUUUGUGCAAAGUCAGUGAACUACCAAAGAACUACUUUGUGCUAAAUGACAGAUUUACCUUUGAAUUGAUCCCACUUCACACACCAUGACUGAUUAAAAAAACAGGGUACUAACUACUGCCUAACCUUGUCUUUUCAACACUUCUUAGGGUGGUUAUUUGACUGGACCCAGUCUUACGACAUGGCGUUCUACUUCAGCGUUCAAAGUGACUUCCUUAGAACUUAUCCCAAUUUGCACUCCUUGACAGAACUGGCUAACAACUGAGGUAGAACUGCCAAAGAACUAGGUCUAUCUGGUGGAAAGUUACCUAUCGACCUAACAUUUCAACCUGCUUCAAGCAAUGUGUACUGGAACUGAACUGAACCUUAGAAUUGACCCGGCUUCCAGCCACUAUGACAGAACGACCAUGACAGAAUGUGUUCUCUAGGCAAGUGACCACCGAAAAACUGGCAGGAUUCCAGAAGAAUUUGUUCUAUUUUUGUGGCAUGUGUCAGAACUAUCUAAGAACUGCAGCAGAAAUACAGACUAAGUGAGUUUUGCAGUGACAGAACCAAGAUCUUGACCUGCUUCAAUGAAAACGAUUCUCUAUGAACUGAACCCAUGUUUCUCAAAGUGACUUCCUUAGAACUUAUCCCAAUUUGCACUCAUUGACACAACUGGUCAACAACUGAGGUAGAACUGCCAAAGUUACCUAUCGACCUAAGAUUUCAACCUGCUUCAAGCAAUUGGAACUGAACUGAACCUUAGAAUUGAUCCCCCUUCAGACACUAUGACAGAACGACGAUGACAGAAUGGUUUCUCUGGGCAAGGGAGUACCGAAAAGCUGAGUCAGGACUCCUGAGGAACUCUUUUUUGGCAUGUGUGGCAUUGUACCUAAGAUCUUGUUUUGUGCAAAGUCAGUGAACUACCAAAGAACUACUUUGUGUUAAAUCACAGAUUUACCUUUGAAUGAUCCCACUUCACACACCAUGACUGAUUAAAAAAACAGGGUACUAACUACUGCCUAACCUUGUCUUUUCAACACUUCUUAGGGUGUUUAUUUGACUGGACCCAGUCUUAUGACAUGGCGUUCUACUUCAGCGUUCAAAGUGACUUCCUUAGAACUUAUCCCAAUUUGUACUCCUUGACAGAACUGGCUAACAACUGAGGUAGAACUGCCAAAGAACUAGGUCUAUCUGGUGGAAAGUGACCUAUCGACCUAAGAUUUCAACCUGCUUCAAGCAAUGUGUGCUGGAACUGAACUUAACCUUAGAAUUGAUCCGGCUUUCAGACACUAUGACAGAACGACCAUGACAGAAUGUGUUCUCUAGGCAAGUGACUACCGAAAAACUGUGGCAGGAUUCCAGAAGAAUUUGUUCUAUUUUUGUGGCAUGUGUCAGAACUAAGAACUGUAGCAGAAAUACAGACUAAGUGAGUUUUGCAGUGACAGAACCAAGAUCUUGACCUGCUUCAAUGAAAACGAUUCUCUAUGAACUGAACCCAUGUUUCUCAAAGUGACUUCCUUAGAACUUAUCCCAAUUUGCACUCAUUGACAGAACUGGCCAACAACUGAGGUAGAACUGCCAAAGUUACCUAUCGACCUAAGAUUUCAACCUGCUUCAAGCAAUUGGAACUGAACUGAACCUUAGAAUUGAUCCCCCUUCAGACACUAUGACAGAACGACGAUGACAGAAUGGUUUCUCUGGGCAAGGGACUACCGAAAAGCUGAGUCAGGACUCCUGAGGAACUCCUUUUUUUGGCAUGUGUGGCAUUGUACCUAAGAUCUUGUUUUGUGCAAAGUCAGUGAACUACCAAAGAACUACUUUGUGCUAAAUGACAGAUUUACCUUUGAAUGGAUCCCACUUCACACACCAUGACUGAACUAUUAAAAAAACAGGGUACUAACUACUGCCUAACCUUGUCUUUUCAACACUUCUUAGGGUGGUUAUUUGACUGGACCCAGUCUUAUGACAUGGCGUUCUACUUCAGCGUUCAAAGUGACUUCCUUAGAACUUAUCCCAAUUUGCACUCCUUGACAGAACUGGCUAACAACUGAGGUAGAACUGCCAAAGAACUAGGUCUAUCCGGUGGAAAGUUACCUAUCGACCUAAGAUUUCAACCUGCUUCAAGCAAUGUGUGCUGGAACUGAACUGAACCUUAGAAUUGAUCCGGCUUCCAGACACUAUGACAGAACGACCAUGACAGAAUGAGUUCUCUGGGCAAGUGACUACCGAAAAACUGUGGCAGGAUUCCAGAAGAAUUUGUUCUAUUUUUGUGGCAUGUGUCAGAACUAUCUAAGAACUGUAGCAGAAACACAGAGUAAGUGAGUUUUGCAGUGACAGAACCAAGAUCUUGACCUGCUUCAAUGAAAACGAUUCUCUAUGAACUGAACCCAUGUUUCUCAAAGUGACUUCCUUAGAACUUAUCCCAAUUUGCACUCAUUGACAGAACUGGUCAACAACUGAGGUAGAACUGUCAAAGUUACCUAUCGACCUAAGAUUUCAACCCGCUUCAAGCAAUUGGAACUGAACUGAACCUUAGAAUUGAUCCCCCUUCAGACACUAUGACAGAACGACGAUGACAGAAUGGUUUCUCUGGGCAAGGGACUACCGAAAAGCUGAGUCAGGACUCCUGAGGAACUCCUCUUUUUUGGCAUGUGUGGCAUUGUACCUAAGAUCUUGUUUUGUGCAAAGUCAGUGAACUACCAAAGAACUACUUUGUGCUAAAUGACAGAUUUACCUUUGAAUGGAUCCCACUUCACACACCAUGACUGAUUCAAAAAACUACUGCCUAACCUUGUCUUUUCAACACU